AUGGAAGAUACUACCGUCUUCCGCGACUCCGAUUUACAGCCUCCCGGCGCCGUUUAUGAAACUGGAGCUCAGAAAGCGAAAAGAGGAUUGUUUUCGAAGGGAGAUUCUGUUUCUGUGGGAGCAUGUCAGAAGAAAGUUCUGGCCGACAUAACCAACAUGGACCAACAUCUACAACCUGCACCGCCACUUCCUCCACCUGCAACUGAUGUCUCUGUUGACCUGAUUCUCAAGGAGAACGCAACUAUGAGGAAGCUCCUAGCUCAUAGAAAUGCGGUAAUAGAAUCAUAUAAACUACAGCAUCAAAAGUAUCAAACCAAUUUUCAGAAACUUCGGAAGCAAAAUUCAGAACUUGCACUUGCAAAUACUCAAAUGAUGCGGGAGAUUAAUACGAGUAGACAGAUGGUGAGGGAACUUCAACUUGAAUUAGUAGGCAAAAGUGCUAUACUUGAUACUAUGAGAUUGAAAUUGAUGGAAAAUAAUCACAAAGCAAAACUGAAUAAUAACAUCGAUGCAGAUGAGUCAGAUCUAAAGUUUCAAGAAAAUAACAAGGGGCAAGCGAAAAGGAAGAGAGUAUCCAGAUGUCAAUCUUCUGCAGCUGAUGUUGUUAAACAAGUCAAAUCAAUAGAAAAGGUUGACACUCAGAGGCCUUCUGCAAGACGGAAAUCUACCGGGUUGAAAGCUGAAAAAUCAGGACGAACAGAAGACUUACCUGAAAUAAAAUAUGAUGCCUCACAACCACUAGAAAAUCUGGCAAAUGAGAAUGAAUCAACAUCUUUAGGAUCCAAUGAUGUAGUGAGACAAGAUACUGAAUCCUUGGGACCUACUAACACUCAACAAGCUCUUGCCAAAAAGAAUAUUGAAAAUAAGAGGCAUAGUUUGAGAAGGCAAUCUUCCCUGUUCAAACAUGGGAAUCCAGAAACAGCUGAAGACUUCUUUGAUAUAGAUGAUCCAAAAUUUGAAGUCUCCAGUUUAUGUGAUAACUUGCCAGAAAGUCUUCCUACUGCAUCAAGUUGCACUUCAGAAAACUGUGCACUUGAUCCUCGUGAAAGAAGAUCAUCUAUUAGCCGGCCUUCGCGCCGAUCAGCUCUGAAGGUUGUUUCCUACAAGGAGGUUCCACUUAAUGUGAAGAUGCGUAGAGAUAAUUGA